CACUUUAGCUUUGAGCCCACGGGCAUGGAGGACCAAGGCAUUGUGGGACGGACAGCUCUAACCCGCCCGCAGGUCGGUCGGUCGGUCCAAAGAGCUCUCUCCAUUUGAAGCUGGAUCCCAAUUCUCCACCCCCGCCGAAUGCUUGCUUCUUCUCCCUCAAUCAUCGAGUUCCUUGACGAGACAUACGAUAUUCUUUGGAUAUAAAAAGCUAGCCCCAUAAACCCCUCCCCCGCACUUUGUUAAUUCCGUGUAGCAAAGAUGGUCAAGGCCGUUGUUGCUGGUGCCGCCGGUGGCAUUGGACAGCCCCUUUCGCUGCUCCUCAAGCUCUGCCCUUUGGUCGAUGAGCUCGCCCUCUACGAUGUCGUCAACACCCCCGGUGUUGCCGCUGAUCUUUCCCACAUCUCCUCUAAUGCGACAAUCGCCGGCUACCUUCCCAAGGACGAUGGUGGCAAGAAGGCCCUCAAGGAUGCCGACCUGAUCGUCAUCCCUGCUGGCGUUCCCCGCAAGCCCGGAAUGACCCGUGAUGAUCUCUUCAACAUCAACGCCGGCAUCGUCAAGGGACUUAUCGAGAUUGCUGCCGAGGUUGCCCCCAAGGCCUUCAUUCUCGUCAUUUCUAACCCGGUUAACUCGACGGUCCCCAUCUCAGCCGAGGUUCUCAAGGCCAAGGGUGUCUUCAACCCGCAGCGCCUCUUUGGUGUCACCACCCUGGACAUUGUUCGCGCCGAGACCUUCGUUGCUGAGAUCGCCGGCAAGUCGAACCCUCAGGAGUUGACCGUCCCCGUCAUUGGCGGUCACUCGGGCGAGACCAUCGUGCCCCUUUUCAGCCAAGUUAAGCCUGCCGUCACCAUCCCUGACGACAAGUAUGACGCCCUCGUCAACCGUGUCCAGUUUGGUGGUGACGAGGUCGUCAAGGCCAAGGACGGCGCUGGCUCGGCCACCCUCAGCAUGGCAUAUGCUGGCUACCGAUUCGCCGAGAAGCUGCUCAAGGCCAUCAAGGGUGCCAAGGGUCUCGUUGAGCCCAGCUAUGUAUACCUUCCCGGCGUUCCCGGUGGUGAAGCAAUUGCCAAGAAGACCGGUUGCGACUUUUUCUCGGUUCCCAUUGAGCUCGGUCCCAACGGCGCUGAGAAGGCACAUGACGUGCUCGGCGAGCUGACCAGCAAGGAGCAGAAGCUUCUGGAGGCGGCCGUCACCGGACUCAAGGGCAACAUCCAGAAGGGUGUUGCUUUCGUCAACAGCCCUCCUCAAAAGUAA